CGCAGUCUCCUUUACAUCUUCUGGAAUGAACCCGCAGCGCCCCGGCUGACAAAGUCCCAGUAGUCCGCUGGCAGCGCGAGCCUCUCCUGUCCCGUCAACCAGGCCAGAGAGAGAGCCCUGAGGGCAGCAUGUGAAUGGAGGUGGAGACGUGUGUUGCCGCUGCCACUGGUGCUGCUGCUGCUGCGGAGGGAGAGGAGAAGGGGAGGAGAGUCAGAGUCAGACUCACCCCCACCACCAUCACCACCACCACCGCUAGAGCCACUGCUGCUGCCGCCACUGUGCCCGACGGCACUCUCACCGCCAUGGCCAAGGGAGAGAGAGCUGCCGCCGAGGGCUCCCAGACAAGCAGGCUGGUCAUGAAGCAUCCAAAGACCACCUACGUCAAAGCACCACACCUGACCAGAGUGGACCAGAAGCUGUCAGUGGGCAGUAAGCUAUGUUUCGCCAUCGGGGGAGCGCCCAAUCAGGUCGCCGGAAGUGCCACAGCCUUCUUCCUGCAGAUCUUCCUAUUGGACGUCGCCCAGAUUAACCCUUUCCAGGCCUCCAUGGUGCUGUUCAUUGGUAAGGCCUGGGGGGCCUUCACCGACCCUGUGGUGGGCUUCUUCAUCACCAAGAGCAGGUGGACCAGAAUCGGACGCCUCAUGCCAUGGAUGGUGGGGUGCACUCCCUUUGUGGUGGUGGCCUACUUCUAUCUCUGGUUCGUCCCGCCCUUCGCCCACGGCAAGUUCAUGUGGUACAUCGGCUUCUACUGCCUCUACCAGACCCUCAUCACGUGUUUCCACGUGCCGUACUCAGCCCUCACCAUGUUCCUCAGUACGGAUCAGAAGGAGCGCGACUCAGCCACGGCCUACCGCAUGACGGCAGAGGUUCUGGGCACGCUCAUUGGGGCUGCCAUCCAGGGCCAGAUCGUGGCAGGUGCCCACACGUUGAAGCACUGUCUGCACCACAACCUCUCUGCCAGUCACCUGGGUAAUGGCAGUGGUGCAGAGGUCAUCCGCAGCCUGGCGCUGUCUCAGGACUUCCUGUCUCACGCGAAAGAGGUGUACAUGAUUGCAGCCGGAGUAAUUGGGGGGAUAUUUCUGAUCUGCACCGUCGUAAUGUUCCUAGGAGUUAAAGAGAAGGACGAUCCGUACGCCCCAAAGACUGAGAAGCCUACCCCCUUCCACGAGGGCUUGGUGCUGGUGAUGCGCCAUGGGCCCUACCUCACUCUCACCGCAGCCUUCCUCUUCAUCUCCGUGGCCAUCCAGCUGGUGCAGAGUAAUUUCGUCCUGUUCUGCACAUAUGCCGUGGACCUUCGAGAACAUUUCCAGAACAUUGUUUUGACCAUCCUGAUCUCGGCUGUGGUGAGCAUCCCGUUCUGGCAGUGGUUCCUGGAGAGGUUCGGCAAGAAGACGGCAGCCUUCUGUGGCAUCACGUGGAUGAUGCCCUUCACGGUCAUGCUGGUGUCCAUCCCCAACCUGGUGGUGGCCUACGUGGUGGCUGUCUCCUCUGGCCUCAGCGUCGCCGCCUCACUGCUGUUGCCUUGGUCGAUGCUUCCUGACGUGGUGGAUGACUUCAGGCUGGCGAACCCCUUCUCCAAGGGCCACGAGCCUAUCUUCUACUCCUUCUACGUCUUCUUCACCAAGUUUGCUGCCGGGAUAUCACUGGGGGUCUCCACACUUUGCUUGGAAUUUGCAGGCUACGACACGGGAGCGUGUCGGCAACCCCCUCCGGUGGCCUACACUCUGAAGCUUCUGAUUGGUGCGGCGCCCGUGGCCUUCAUCGUGACUGGACUGAUGAUCCUCCUCUUCUAUCCAAUCAGCGAGGACGUGCGACUCCGGAACAAGCUGGCGCUGGAGGACCUCAGGUUGCAGUCUGUAUAAAGAGGCCACUCCAUUGGCUGUGACAUGACAGUGCUCAUUUCCUAUAAUCUCUCCAAAUGUAUAAAGCAUGUAACAUCAUGCGGCAACGUUUAAUUAACCUUACUCGAAACUCUGGCUGUAAAUGCUUCAGAGCAGUCCUUCAAGACACUUAAGAGGUCACCGCUGGCAUCUUAACUGUUGCCGUUUGUUGACCAAAGGAAGAGGUGCUGUGCUUUUAUUCUGAAGUGUCAGGAGUUUUUAUCUGUAAGAGCGGGCCCUAUCGAGAAGGUCAAAGGGCAUCUGUUUCGAGCCCUGUAUAGAGAGAGUAACUGUGUAGCGUGAUAGCUACUGAACUGAGAAACGGCUAACAGGAUGAUUUCCUUUUUUUAACAUUCCAGGCUUUAUCUGGGAUGAGUUGUGUUAGUGUAUAUUACACUGUGGAAGAGUAAUACUACAAAUAAUAGAUGUUUGUCAUGUAAACAUUUUAAGUUUGUUUCUGUACUUUCACAAGAACUUGUGAGUUGUUAUUAUUAUUGCUUAAGGAUUGUAUUGUGAUAUUUGAUUAAAGAUAUAACCAAUGAUGACGACGACUGGUUAUUGCGUAUAGAGUUAAAUUUCUUUUCACCU